AUGGCACCCAACAUCCAAACAGCAUUGCUAAAUCAACAUCAGACAAACAAUGCAUCAACCACAAAUAGCUUAAUUUUAGACUAUCUCUUCUAUCAAUCAAUUCAAUCAAGACUUCAAAAAGCAUUUACAUUUGACGAUCAAUCUGAUGGCACCGAUAAAAAUGUCAUUGAAUCUGUCAUUGAAGGCAUUUUAUCUUCUACCAAAAAAACCAAAAACAAGAAAGUAGACGCCAAAUUUGAACAAAGACUUAAUCUCUGCCAGCUGACAAAUCUAACCAUUGGCCGUACUCACCAUGUGACAUUUUCAGCUCCAGUUGCAUCAAGACGUAUUCGUGAUAUUGAUACUACCAACAAUGCAUUUUCAAAUGCAUUUCAUCCAACUUUUUGCCGUCGCCAUCGGCAGCCAGAGUGCCGCCAACCGCGCUGUUUAAAUGCUCAGGUAGGUGGACCCGGUUUAGCAAUGGCUAUACCCGCAUUUUUGAAGACAAGUGCCAAUAUGCUGCGCUCGGUACUAGACAGCGAUGAUGAUGUGAAACCCUUGACUGUAGCUGGGCAACAAGUAAUGGGCGGCGGCAUGCCUCCUCGAUGGUAUGAUCUCUUUUUGGACUUGCUCACUCAAGCUGCUAUUCAAAGCUACAUGUGCGAUGGCAAAACUGGUUUAGAAACCAUCUAUGAAAUCUUUUCCUAUGGCUAUGUGGAAGAUGAAGAUGAGGAAGACAUGCCGAUGGAGGAUGAAGAUGAUGAAGAAGAGGACGAAGAUGAUGAUGACGAAGAUGACGACGAGAACAAUGACAUUUGGAAUGUCAAGGCAUCAGAUCACCAUUUGCUCUUUCCAAAGACAAGAACCAUGUUUCUAUUCAAAUUGCAAGUUCGUGAGCGAGAAAAAGAGUUUAUUCAAAUUAAAGAUGGCUACACAUUAGAGAUGCAUUUCAAGGAAUUAGAGAAAUUGUAUCCACUUAUUUAUUUCGAAAGAAACAUGUGCGAUUUUAUUCAGAUGCUCUUAGACGACAUGGACAUACCAGCGUUAGAUAAGUGCGACGUACCAGAUAUCGCAAGCCCUAUAAAAUCACCCGAAGAUUUACCCGAACCUCAAUUCAUUUCCACCAUCCCUUCACUUUAUAAAUACCCAGGAGAUGGUUCUCUUUUGAUGCCAGAAAUCCCUGAUAUUCAUGAAGACGAUAUACCCACACCAGAGAACUCGAAAAAACGCACAGCGUACACUGCAGAGUUGAUGGAUCAUCAUGAUAACUACAAACAUCGUUGCUAA